AUGAAAGUGAAAGGAAACCACUGCACUUCUGAGCAGGGUCCGACCUGUGAGGGUACGCUCGAACCCAGUGGAAAUGUUUGUAUCUCAAAAGUGCGUCCAUCUUGCCCCGGAAAUGAACAUUUCGAUGGCAAAGUAUGUAUCAGCGACCAAGGAUCUCGAUGUCCUGAGGGCACAGAGGCUUGCGAUGGACUUUGCAUCAGUAAAAAACCGGCCUUCUGCCCUGGGGAUCUGGAGUACAACCAGAGCGCCAAUCGUUGUACUUCCAAGGAACCACCGCAAUGCCCGGAGAUGAGUCGCCGUGAAGGAGUCGCCGUGAAGGCGAUUACUGUGUGUCUGAUAAUGGACCAAAAUGCGCCGGUGAGGGUGAAUUUGAUUCCAAAACCCAGUUGGCAAAUUUCAACCAACCUCUCAGACGGGUCUGCUCGCUGCUGCCCGGUUGGCCUUUCCGGGGAUGGUCAAAUGUGUACCAUAGCACCUGGCGUCGACGGAAAAUGCCCAGGGGACACAAUUGAGCAGGACAGCAAGUGCAGGGUCAAAGCCAUCAGUGAACCUUUCUGUGAACCCGAAUAUCGUCUACAAGGUAGUCGAUGUGUCUCCGUACAGGGACCUUUUUGUGAGCCUCCAUUGAUACGAGAUGGGUCUCUCUGUGUAUCAGAGGAGGUACCAAUUUGUCCCUCUGACACCCAUCUGGUUCGGGAUAAAUGUGUGGGGGAGACCAAGCCUACCUGUCCAGAAGAUACCCUCCGCGACGGGGAGCUCUGCGUUAGCAACAACAAGCCUAGCUGUGACGAGGCGAACGGAGUCGAGCUUGUUGGCAACCGGUGUGUUAGUGAUAUUCUUCCAACAUGUGUGGAAGGACACCCCAAGGGUGAAGACUGUGUUAUUGCAAGCAGACCAGUGUGUUCAGGGAAGAACGUGGCAUUUGACGGUACUAGGUGCGUCUCUGAGAGCAGACCUGUGUGCCCAACAGGCAGCACAUUUGACGGCGAUGGAUCGUGUAUCACGAAGAAGACUCCAGCAUGCAAGGUUGGCCAACUAGUGCAGGGAAAGUGUGUAACAGGUAAUCCUGUCUGCUCCAGUGGCACAGUUAUUCAAGGCACCAACUGUGUCAGUCAGGACGAUCCACGCUGCGAUGAAGGCUUCCGCUUUAUCAUGGGAAAGUGUGUAUCCCUAGCCGGACAAGAAUGCGCGGAUGGAUACACCCUCGUCAACGGCGAGUGCGCGUCGAAGGGCCACCCCACCUGUGAGCAAGGCGCCAUGUUCAACGGCACAACAUGCGUUGGUGGAAAGGCCCCUUGUCCGGACGGGACCUCCUUCGACGGCACCGAUUGCUCUUAUGAGACUAUUCCCACCUGCCAACACGGAGUUCUCAAGAAUAUGAAAUGCGUUGUCGAAAAAGAACCCGAAUGUUCAUACGGAUAUGCCAAGGAUCCUGUUUCCAGAGAAUGUAUCCACACCAAGGGCCCUCAGUGUCCUCGCGGGCAGAAGUUCACUGGUGAACAUUGUGUUCUGGCAAACGAUGACUGCAUGGAAUUCGAGUAUUGCCCUAAUAUUCCCGGCUCGGUUGAUACUUCCUAUGUGGCGGCGGCAUUGGGUCAAAGGUCGUUCCCAGGAGCUUUCUAA